AUCCAUAGUACUAUCAUCCAUCCAUCCACAUGUACAGAGUGAGCCGAGCUGGCUGGGAGAUGCGCGCUCAUUGAGACAGGAGGAGGCGGAGGAAGAGGACUGAGGGAGAGGACCGUUGCCUUCGUCGCGCUCACUUGGUCAUAAAAACCUUCACACUAACAACCGCAUUGGCUUCGAUUUCAACAACUAACGUUUGAACCUGAUGGACUUUUGCCCUGGAUUGUUUUGAUUUUCAAUUUUACGCACGCCCAGUUGCACCCGGAGCUGCACAUCUCCCUUCGGGGCAAAAAAAAGUUUUCUUAAAGGCCUGGCCUGACUCACACAACACAUCAAAUCAUGGGGCAUGGACAAACAAUGAAAGUUAUGUGCUUCAAUCCAGGAAGUCGCCGCAAAGAAAACACCCAAGAUGCACCUUUAAAUCAUUGAUCCACGUAGCACUUAACGUGGCGAUCAGAUAUUUUUUAUCUUCCAGUUGGCUUGAAGUAUAGAUUGCAUUUAUUAUCAAUAUUUGAUCAGAGAUAAAAAAAUUCUUUUAAAGCAAUGAGGAUUAUACGAUAUAUCAGAUGCAUCUUAGAAAGUUGCCCUAAGCAAAUAUUUGUGUCACUUUAAGAGGGCCUGAAUCAAGUUCAAAUCGCUUCCAGGUGCUUUCCGUUACUCCCUACAAUGAAUCCAAACAGUCGCCCUGGGAAAGUUCUCCUUCUGCUAAGUUCUGUGCUGGCCCUGAGUGUGGGAUUAGAGUUUACUGGCUCUGAAGGUCAGUGGGCUCGAUACCUACGCUGGGAUGCCAGCUCUAGAAGCGACCUGACCUUCCAAUUCAAGACCUCCCAAUCAGAAGGCCUCAUGCUUUACUUUGACGACGGCGGAUAUUGCGACUUCUUACUCCUCACUCUAUCCGAGGGCAGGAUGCAUCUUCGCUUCAGCAUCGACUGCGCCGAAACCACCAUCACGUCCGAUAAAAUGGUCAACGACAGCCGCUGGCACUUUGCCGCUAUCAACAGACACAAUUUGCGGACCGGCUUGUCCGUGGACGGCCAGACCAAGACGGCGGAGGUGCGGCCUCAGCGGCAGUUCAUGAAGAUCAUAAGCGACCUAUUCCUCGGUGGACUUCCAGGAGAUAUCCGCACGUCCGCCAUUACCUUGCCCUCCGUCCGUGAGCUCAAACCAUUCAAGGGGAUCAUCACCGACCUUAUCUACGGAAGUAAACUUCCCGCACUCAUCAACAGUCAGAAAGUCCGUUUAGAGAUGUUAGGCCUUUGCACAGAGAACCCUUGCGAGAAUGGAGGAAUCUGCUCACUGGCAGAUGGAGAAACCUACUGUGAUUGCUCCAGGACUGGAUUUGUUGGACCAUACUGCACUGAAGCAGUCCAUAGAACACCAGGCCUCGCACACCUGAAGGCAGAGCAAGCGAGGGAAGAAAAUGUGGCUACCUUCCGGGGCUCUGAGUACUUCUGUUACGACCUGUCGCAGAACCCAAUCCAGAGCAGCAGCGAUGAGAUCACGUUGUCCUUCAAGACGUGGCAGCGCAACGGCCUUUUGCUCCAUACGGGGAAAUCAGCAGACUAUGUCAAUCUGGCGCUUAAAGAUGGCGCCGUUUCCCUCGUCAUCAAUCUGGGUUCCGGGGCCUUUGAGGCCAUCGUGGAGCCCGUCAAUGGAAAAUUCAACGACAACGCCUGGCACGAUAUCAAAGUCACACGCAACCUGAGACAGCAAUCAGGCAUUGGACACGCUAUGGUAAACAAACUACAUUGUCUGGUGACAAUAUCCGUGGAUGGGAUCCUCACCACUACUGGCUACACCCAAGAAGACUACACCAUGCUGGGUUCUGACGAUUUCUUCUAUGUGGGUGGGAGCCCCAGCACUGCCGACCUUCCUGGAUCUCCAGUUAGCAACAAUUUCAUGGGCUGCCUCAAAGAGGUGGUGUACAAAAACAAUGACAUCCGUCUGGAACUUUCCCGCCUGGCUCGGAUUGUAGACCCAAAGAUGAAACUUCAAGGCGAUGUGGUCUUUAAGUGUGAAAACGUCCCGACCCUUGACCCCAUCAACUUCGAGACACCCGACUCCUACCUGGCCUUGCCAAAAUGGAACACCAAACGCGUCGGCUCGAUCUCCUUCGACUUCCGAACCUCCGAGCCUAACGGCUUAAUACUUUUCACUCAUGGCAAACCUCAAGAGCGACGUGAUAUCAAAUCCCAGAAGACCAACAAAGUGGACUUCUUUGCUGUCGAGCUUCUGGAUGGGGUUCUCUACCUCGUGCUGGACAUGGGUUCUGGUACCAUCAAGGUGAAAGCGACACAGGCAAAAGUGAAUGAAGGAAGCUGGCAUCAUGUGGACAUCCAAAGAGACGGCCGCUCAGGUAUCAUCUCUGUAAACACCCGGCGGACACCUUUCACAGCCGGUGGAGAAAAUGAAAUCUUAGACCUGGAGGGAGAUCUUUAUCUGGGUGGGCUUCCUGACACCCGUGCAGGUUUGGUACUCCCAACUGAGCUCUGGACGGCGAUGCUAAACUACGGCUACGUGGGCUGCAUUCGGGAUCUUUUUAUCGAUGGACGAAGCAAAGAUAUUCGACAGAUCGCCGUAUCCCAGAACGCGACUGGUAUUAAGUCGUCUUGUAGUAAAUUGAUGGGGAAGCAGUGCGACAGCAACCCUUGCAAGAACAGCGGGGCGUGUAAGGAGGGAUGGAACCGCUUCAUAUGUGACUGCACUGAAACAGGCUUCUGGGACAGCACUUGUGAAAGAGAGUCAUCCAUCCUUUCCUAUGAUGGCAGCAUGUACAUGAAGGUGGUGAUCCCAAAUGUGGUGCACACAGAAGCGGAGGAUGUCUCACUUCGCUUCAUGUCCCAAAGGGCGUUCGGUCUGCUCAUGGCAGCCACAUCUCGCGAGUCGGCAGACACGUUACGACUGGAGUUGGAGAGCGGAAGGGUCAAACUGACGGUCAACUUAGACUGUGUCAGGAUAAACUGUAACACCAGCAAAGGUCCUGAGGCUCUUUAUGCUGGACAAAAGCUCAACGACAACGAGUGGCACUCGGUGCGAGUUGCCCGUCGGGGUAAAUUCAUCAAGCUCAUUGUGGAUGACGACAUGGCCGAAGGCUUGAUGGUAGGCGAUCACACCCGUCUCGAGUUCAACAAUGUGGAGACGGGCAUCCUUACCGAGAGGCGCUUUGUGUCCUCUGCGCCGUCUUCAUUUAUAGGACACCUCCAGGGCCUCAAAUUCAACGGUAUGCAGUACAUCGACAUGUGCAAGAACGGCGACAUUGACUUCUGCGAACUCAACGCCCGUUUUGGCAUGCGCUUCAUCAUUGCCGACCCGGUGACCUUCAAGACCAAGGGCAGUUACCUGGGCUUGGCCACUCUGCAGGCUUACAGCACAAUGCACCUCUUCUUUCAAUUCAAAACCACCUCUCCCGAUGGCUUCAUCCUCUUUAACAGCGGCGACGGGAGCGACUUUAUUGCUGUCGAACUGGUCAAAGGGUUCAUCCACUAUGUGUUUGAUCUUGGGAAUGGCCCGAGUCUCUUAAAGGGCAACAGCGACAACCCGCUGAAUGAUAACCAGUGGCAUAAUGUGGUGAUCACACGAGAUGCUUCCAAUACGCACACACUCAAAGUGGACGCCAAGUCGGUCACGCAGAAUGUCAACGGAGCAAAGAACCUUGAUUUGAAAGGUGAUCUGUUUGUCGGAGGUCUGGGACCUAACAUGUAUCAGAACCUCCCCAAGCUGGUGGUUUCUCGUGAAGGCUUCCAGGGUUGUUUGGCCUCAGUUGACCUCAACGGCCGCCUGCCGGAUCUCAUCAGCGAUGCCCUUUUCCGUAGUGGGCAGAUUGAACGGGGCUGUGAAGUUGGUUUCACCAAAGCCGAUCUGCAAGGCCCGAGCACCACCUGCCAGGAGGACUCCUGUGCCAACAUGGGUGUGUGCAUCCAACAGUGGGAGAACUUCACUUGCGACUGCUCCAUGACGUCUUAUUCAGGGACUCAUUGCAAUGACCCUGGCACCACCUACAUCUUCGGCAAAGGAGGAGGUCUGAUCACAUACACGUGGCCUAAUAACGAAAGGCCCAGCACGCGGACAGACCGGCUGGCCGUCGGUUUUAGCACCACCAUCAAAGAUGGCAUCCUCGUUCGCAUCGACAGUGCCCCGCGGCUGGGUGACUACAUCAUGCUCCACAUCGAGCAAGGGAAAGUCGGUGUGACCUUCAACAUUGGGACGGUGGACAUCAGUGUUAAGGAGCUUACGACAGCGGUAAAUGAUGGCAAAUACCAUUUGGUUCGAUUCACCAGGAAUGGAGGAAAUGCCACAUUACAGGUGGACAACUGGCCAAUCAAUGAGCACUUUCCUUCAGGCAACAGCGACAUUGAGCGCAUUCAAAUGGCAAAUAAGAAAAUCCCAUUCAAAUAUACCCGGCCAGUAGAAGAUUGGCUUCAGGAGAAAGGGCGGCAACUCACUAUCUUCAACACCCAAGCAACUAUUUCCAUUGGUGGAAACGAUCGCAAGCGACCCUACCAGGGUCAGCUUUCAGGCCUCUAUUACAAUGGCCUGAAGGUUCUCAACAUGGCCGCCGAAGGCCACGUCAAUAUCAAGGUGAACGGCAGCGUUCGCCUGGUGGGAGAUGUCCCAGCCAGUAGGGGCGGGGCACGCACGACCACCUCGGUACCACCCGAGAUGUCCACGACCUUUAUCGAGACCACCACCACCCUGUCCACGACCACCACUCGCAAACAACGCUCGCCACCCACUAUUCAGACAACAGAUGACAUAGUUUCAUCAGCCGAAUGCUCUAGUGAUGACGAGGAUCUGGAAGAGUGCGAUUCCGGACACACAGGAGGGGAGCUAGUCAUCCCCAUUUUAAUGGAGGAUCCCAUAGACAUCCCUUCUGUAUCCACCCGUUCUUCUUUCAUCUCCCUUCCCCCAACCCUCCACCCCCUCCUCACCAUUAUCGAGACCACCAAAGAAUCCUUGGCCAUGGCCACCGAGGCGGGGGUACCUUGCUUGUCGGACCGAGGCGGCGAUGAUUGUGAUGAUGUUGGUGAUGAUGAUGAUGAUGAUGGCAUGGUGAUUUCGGGGUUUGGCUCUGGCGAAGCAUUCGACUCUAGCCUGCCCCCGACUGACGAUGAAGAUUUUGACAACACCUUCUCCCUGGUAACAGAUAAGCUCUUGACCACUUCAACCUAUGAAGGCGGCUACAAAGCCCUCGCACCCAAGUGGGAGGCCAAGGACUUGAGGCCUAGCAAAGCCUCUGAGGCAGGUAGGACUACACCCACCUUGCCUCUACCCAACCCCCGGGGCACGCCAGCUGCGGCGGCCCCCUCGGCCAUACUUCCCAAGCUGCCCGCUGGGAAAAUGAACAACCGCGAGGUCAAACCCCCGCAGCCGGACAUAGUCCUGCUGCCCCUCCCCACAUCUUUGGAUUCGGACGGCACCAAGCCGCGGGGUCCUUACAUCACCUCGCCCAUGCUGCGCACGGUGCCCGCCGCCUUACCCACAGUGCCCGGCGUGGUGCGGCGAGUCCCGCCUGGGGCCUCGGAGGUCAUACGGGAAUCCAGUAGCACCACGGGCAUGGUGGUGGGCAUUGUCUCAGCUGCCGCCCUCUGCAUCCUCAUCCUCCUCUACGCCAUGUACAAGUACAGAAACAGGGACGAGGGGUCCUACCAGGUGGACGAGACGCGCAACUACAUCAGCAACUCGGCGCAAACCAACGGCGCCGUGGUGAAAGAUAAAGCGCCUAGCGGCGGCGCCAAAAGCAGCACCGCCAACAAGAGACCCAAAGACAAGGACAAGGAAUAUUAUGUAUAGAAUCCAAGUCAUUUCCCAACAAACUGUUAGAAACAAAUAUAGAAACAUUUUGACAGUACCAUAUUGGCAACUGUGAUCUCUUUGGAACUCUUUCCGAGUCACUGGAACAUUUCCGCAAGAAAAGCAACAAAUAAGACUUGACAUGAUAAAGCACACUUACGAGUGUAAGAGUUCUGGAGAUGCACAUUUUAACUGGGACUCCACGUGGAUCUUUUAAAGGAGUUCCAGAGACUAUCGGAAGCGUGGAAAUCCACAGGACCCCGAAAAAAUCGGAGGUUUACGUGCGUGCGUUUGAUCCAUCGGAGUACUAAUGACCCCCGACCUUGUCUGUUGUAACCUUGUAAAAUACAAUCACUGUCAUUUGGGCCAUUGGGAGCUUGCAUGUGAGGUGUACGUGAUUGGUGCUGGCAUUUGUUGUCGGGGCGGGAUUUCAAGGUUGCGGGAAAGACGCAGUUUGAGGAUUCGUAGCUUUCAUGGACGUGGUUGAAGUGCAAAAUUUACGUCUUUUUUUAAUUUAUUUUUUAAACUUCAUUAUUGUAAGCAUUGGUUGUUGAAAGAUGGCAGCACACAAACACUGUGACCACCCAGUAGGAUGUGAUACAUCACUUCAUCUCAUGUUUAUCCUCAUAUUUUGAAAUACUGAAGUCAUUAUCUGAAAUUAUGUUAAGUAUAUCGCUGAUGAAUUUGUCCAAAAAGCAAAUUUGAUAUUUUAUUACAGAUGUUCUUUGCUGGUGUAUUUAGUGUUCUGGUUUUUUUUGGGUUUUUUUUUUCUUCUACGUUUGUUUUGUUUGAAUUCACAACUGUAGCAAGAGUGAAGAUCUUUUGCCAGCACUGCCUGGAGAUAAAAUGAUCAAGGAUUUUUAUUUUUUUUUUUAUGGUCAAAUAUUAAAUAAGACAACUCACUUGGUUUUUCUUAGUGGAUUUUUGACUGUGCUGAAACUGUCACUCCGUGGACUAAUAACUGUUUUGAUGAUUUUCAUGGUAUAUAUGGAUUGAUUGAUUUUUUAGCAUCAAUUGAAAAAUGCUGAAAAGAGGAAUAAAAUAGAGAUGAUGACGAUGAUGAUUUUCUUCUAUUGGGUUUGGAGAAGAAUUGCCAGCACCUUAACUUUCAGUUUAAUUUCUUCCUUGGUUUCUAACUGUGACACCUUUUUUUUUUUUUGUCAGCUCAGCAUUUUGUAUUUGAUUUUCUUCUGUUGUUGUUGUAGCCUAAUUUCAUGUAUUGUUUCUACGAUGUUAUUAUUAUUUUUGAUUUGUUACCAUUCCGUUACUUAUCGCUAAACUGUUCUUGUUUAUUUUCAAAUCGGUCAACUUUCAAUGUUUUUUGUGUUGGUACUUGACUCGUCUUCUGCUCCUCUGACUCCGAACCUUGAAAUUAAAAAGAAAAAUGUUGUUCCCAAACUUUUUCAA